AUGCAGGACCUUAUUGCAGCUGUUGAUAACCAGUCGAAUUUUAUGGAAGGUUCGCGCGCAGCUGGAAGCACAAUGGCUGAUCAAUUGCUCGAUGAUCCAAUGCCAAUGGAUCGCCGCACGUCGAUGGACCAGGAGGUGCCGCGGGAGGGCGGAGGGGAGAGACGCCCCUCAUGGUCGACACCGCCGGGACCCGAGGGAAUGGGCUAUCACCUCACCGGUUUGGUGACCGACUUGAACUUCGCCGGCAAUAACGAUCGUCAGAGUUUCUUCGAGGGAAUCCGACAUGCGAUCGGGGGAAUUGGGAAUGCGUUUAUGGAAGGCUCUCAUCACGGAGGCGCUGCCGAUAAGGGAGUCCAAUACGCGACUCAACGCUUUUUGGGUAUUCCGUAUGCAGAAAAGUUCGAGACCAGAUUUCAGCAAUCCCGCCUUUUAAGUGUUUUCGAUGAGCGAAAACCCUACAAUGAAUGGCCAAAGCGAUGUAUCAAAAAUCAAUUAGAACCUCAAAAUUCUGAGGAUUGCCUUUACUUAUCGAUUUUGAAACAUAAAGAUGCACAAGAUGAGACUCCAGUCCUUCUCUACUUAACAAACGAGGAGCUGAGUGAAAGGAAAUUGAAAAGAUUGGUGUCAAAAGAGCUGACAAUCGUCGUUGCACACGCUCGACAAGGGGUUUAUGGUUCAUUGGAUGAAAGGAUCUUCUCUUCAUCGGACAUCGAGAACAUUUUCCUCUUCUUACAAAAUGAAAAGCAUCGUUUCAAAAUCGGAGAGAUCACUGUUUUAGCUGAAGAGCAUUUGGCUGAAGCGUUCAGCUUGGUUGUCGAGAAGAUAGAUGUAAAGCGAGCGAUUCUUUUCUCGGGCAAUGCAUUGACGAGGUCGAUUGGCAGAGAGAGAUUUCAAAGAAAAGCAGCAAACAGACUUCUCCGUUUGUCGCAAUGCGAUCUGCCAGCUGAGGCACAGGCAAUCGAUUGCCUCCGAGCACUUCCCAUCGAGAAAUUUACGGAAUUGACAAAAAGUGUUCAGGACUCAUUUUACCCAUUCGGUGACCCGUUUCGUGUUCCGGUGAAUCGCAAAGUCGCCAAUCGACAAAUCCCCACAAUUUAUGGAUUAUGGAAGGAUAAACCCGCGGAGAGCUAUGGCUAUCCAUCAAUCGACAACUUCACUGCCGACUUCACAUACACCGAUUUCAAGAAGUUUCUGGCCGGCUUCUUGCCGGAUUCAACUUUCAAAAACGGUGCUCUCCUCCGGCGUUUAUCUCUCCAUCAUCACAUUCACACAAAGGGAAACAAAAAGGACACGUAUUUUCUUUUUGAGAGCAUGAGAAAGAUGCUUUUCGAGAGAGAUUUCGCCAUUCCCAUGGAGCGCUUAGUGAUGCAUUUGGCGAAAUCGAAAAAGAAUUCGGUAUGGCUGUUCCAAUAUGGAAUCGAUAACCCACCGAGAAAUUGCCUUCAGGAUGGUGGUUGGGAGGAUAUUGAGCCAUUUUGCGAGCGACUAUUGGGAUACUAUGCGAGAUUCGCAACGAAAGGUGCCCCGAGCGAGCCGAGUUGUUCGGCAGAAAAUCCGACUUUCCCGGCGAUGCGCUCCACGAAACGAGACUAUUUCGUUAAAAUUCACGCGGACGGUCGACCUGAAUGGGAUUUCGACUUCCACCGAGACGGGGUCGCCUUUUGGACGGAUUUGAUCCCAGCGCUGAACGAGUUAGAAUUGGUGGGACGACGGGAUGCGAUUUUCCCUGAAGAACAAGAGAUCGAUCCGUUGGAUGUGGAAGAUGAUGCACAGGCUUGGCACAAAGCACAAGCUGUCGAGGGACGAAAGUUGGCCGAAACGAGAGCGGAGAAGAAAAAUGGAAACGAAGAGCUA